CAUUUAGUGGGGACAUUUAAAACAUGCGCUUCAUUAUAAUCGUUAUGGGACAAUAUAUGUGUAUGGUACAUAUAAUUGAGUGAUUCCUACCUGCACUUUGUUCUAGAGUAAGGCAUGAGUACUGCAAAAAAAUAAGCUAGAAAAAUCUGUAUUCGUAAUCAUAAACCUCAAAUGGCUGAAGCACGAAUGGAGUAUAAACAAAUAUUGGACAUCCUCCUAAAUAUUCGAGGGAAGGUGGACACUAUUGAAAAGGAGGUGCAUUUACAGAACAAGCAGCAUGUGGAUAGUAUCAGGAAAAUAAAUGAGAGACAAGACUGUAUAGAGAGAAAGCUGGAGGAAAUAAAAAUGCCAGGUGUGUGUUCUAACGCAAACAGAAGCCUGCAUCCAACAGAACGUUGCCAAAGUAAAACUGAAACUUUAAACAGAUCACCGCCUAUGCCAACAAAAGGAAAGUCAUCUAGUGAACACAUGUCUGCAUGGGGGAAAGAUAACUUUAUCAAUCAGGUACGGGCAGAAAUUCACCAGCCGGGAGGUAACAAGGAGAUUAAAACAGGACUGACCAAGUCGGCGUCCUUCAAUGAUCCAUCUACAAAACCGUUGAAAAAACCUGUGAGAAAUGUUGUUUCAGAUCCACUUCCUAAAGAUGCAAAAGAAAAGUAUGAGCAGUUUCAGCGAGAAUGUCUCUCAAAGGCAAUACAAUGGAAUAUGUGUGGUAUAAUUGAAAGUUGCAAAGCCCACAAAAAAAUAACAUUGCCUGAAUGGAUCAAGCUUGAUGAUGCUAGACGUAUUAAUUACAAUAAUAGGCGAAAGAAGAAUAACUUAAGAAAAUUUCUAUGCUUGCUGGUAGAACAAGAUUUCGACAUUAUGCAGAACUGGUUGUGUACAUACGAAGAACUUUCUCAAGAUAUUCAAGAAAAUGUAUGGAGAACAUUCGGGGAAUUUUUUUACCUUGACCCAAUUAAAACAAAAUUAUGCUGCCUAAGAUGCAGACUUGUAGCGAAUACAUGUGUUACAAAUGCAGCUGAUCAGUUAAAGAGUGCAGAUAUAUUGUCCGAUGAACUUUAUAAUCAAGUUAUAGAUACAGACAAGAAAGCAGGCUGCCAGGAAAAUCUAUGGGCACAAGUGAUUCAAGAAUGUUUGGAAUACGGGAGAAUGCAAAAUGUUAUAUGCGUAUUUAAAGUUGUAUUUUCUGAGCUUGUUACAAACACGCAAGGAAGAGAGAAGAUGGAAUAUCAAGCCAUUUUGGAAGAUAUUGAUCGUUAUGAUGGAACGGUAGACGAUGUACUUUACUGUCAAUGCCAUGAGCUGUGUCUAAAGUCACUACAUCCUCUCUCGUGCGUAAAAACCUACUCAGCUGUUGCCAUGUAUAUGCCCCCACCUGCUACAAGAAAACAUAAGCAGUAUGAACAUCAGACACACACCACUGAAAGGCCAAAAGAGCAGCUCUCAACAAUCGAAGACAUAUCUGGAUCAUUUGCAAGCAGAUAUCCACAAGGGGGCACUGGACAGUUAAGGAAAGAUCCAUUGGAUAGUACAACAACGUCUGAAUCGUCGAUAUCUUCCCAAAGCUCCGAAUCCAAUGCCAGCAUUAACUGUCCGGGUAGUGGAGAAUGCUCUACAGAAGAUGAUAGGGUACGAAAUAAACCAAUAACUGCGGUUACACGUUCAUCAGUUCAGGAACACAAGCAUACAGUUCAAAGACAAACUGCGGUUACACGUUCAUCAGUUCAGGAACACAAGCAUAUAGUUCAAAGACAAAGGAGCAGGUCCUCCAAAAAGCGACAAAAUCUAGAAGAAAAACGUCAAAAAGAAGCUACAGUCAGUAUUGAGAACAUAGAAGAUAAUAAGCCAAAUGAAAACAAGGUCACGUUUCCAGCGACUUGUUGGACUGAUUUAAAGGGCCGUAAAAGUGUACAAAUAACCACGAAUAACUUCUACCAGAAAAUAGAAAACAAACCACAUCACAUACGUGCAAGUAAUGUCUUUGUAAAAAGUGUAAUUCAAAAGCACGGGCAAGAUUCCGAUGACAAUGAUGAAUUUACUGUCUAAAUGUAGUUAUUAGUUUCUCCAUUACAACUGCUGUUACAACUCCAGCAGCACAACAGAUGUAAUGUCCGACUCUCCAAUGAACAUAAUAACUAAAUAAUACAUGAAAACUGGGACCAAUAACAAGUAAUACUACUCCCAGAUGAAAAUGAAAACGAGUUAAAAUACAAUCAAAAUGUAAAGGUAGAUAACAAAUGCUUUUUGUUUUGGAAUUUAAAACGUUUUCUUAUUUUCGGUAUCAAAAGAAAAAUGAUAUAAUAUACCUCCUUCAAAGUCACGAGGUUUUAAUUCAGCAAUCGGGCCAAUGAGUCAUAAUAUGAUAGUUUUAUCACAUAUCAGCAUAUUAUGAGUGCAAUUAAUUGUUUCAUAAAAAAUCUUUUAAGUUUUUAAGAGACACCACUAUACUAUAUUUCUAUGACACAAGCUAUACUAUGGGUUUAGCGGUGGCUACUAUUUUGUUAUUUAUACACUGACCUAAGUGGUUGAUAAGUUAUUUCAUGAAUUAUAAUCAUAUAUCAAACUUUAAAAUUUGUUUUGUCUCAUAAAUUAUAUUUAUUUGCAAAGGUUUACAGAAAUAUGUCCAUAUUUAUGAUCUCAUGAAGUGAUUUAGUGGUAUCUAAAUGCAACAAAUUCAAUGCUGUGUAGAAAUGUUAACCAUGACAUAUUUUUUGUUUUCAAUUAAAAUACAAUUUAAAUUAAAAUCAUUCUAAAAGUGUUUUUCAUGAAAUAUAUGUGAAACAUUAAUUUAUAUUCACAUACAGAUAUAAAGCCAUUUAUUGUUUGAUCAAAUAAUAUUUGUUUCAAGUCAACUUAGUUGUAAAAAUAAAUUUUAUAGUGUAGUAUAAAGGCUUGAUACUCCACUAUUGUGUUCAAACUCUUUGUUUUAUUGCCAUGAAUAUAUCAGCAUUAUAUUUAAAUUUGUUAUGUGAUAUUAAAGUCUAAUUUUGAAAACAUAUCAUGUAUUAAGUUAAGUAUUUUGUUUCACUGGGGUAUGUACAUUUACCUGUUCACUUACAUUAAACAAUCUUAGGAAUGUGGGAUCCCAUACAGUGUGGUUACUGGUAAACAAUUCACCUACAUUAAACAAUCUUAGGAAUGUGGGAUCCCAUACAGUGUGGUUACUGGUAAACAAUUCACCUACAUUAAACAAUCUUAGGAAUGUGGGAUCCCAUACAGUGUGGUUACUGGUAAACAACUACUGAUAUUGACAGGGAUCUAUGUUCAUACAUGUCCAUUAAAAUUCAUAGUUUAAUGAACAAAUUAUAUUGUUAUGUUUAUGUACUAGUUUUUCUUACACAUUCCAAUGGAUGAACAAUAAUAUUUAGUAAUAUUUACAUGUUUAUUUAAUAUAAUAAAUGCAUUGAAUCUCUGUA